AUGAUGUUGGAGAAACUAAGAAACAAGCGCCUAGUGUUUGUUGGAGACUCAAUUGGAAGAAACCAAUGGGAGUCACUACUGUGCAUGCUCUCUUCUGAAGUUCCUAACAAGGAAUCAAUUUAUGAAGUAAAUGGUAGCCCAAUUACAAAGCAUGAAGGGUUCUUGGUGUUCAAAUUCAAGGAUUUUAACUGUACAAUAGAGUACUAUAGAGCUCCAUUUCUUGUGUUGCAAAGCAGACCUCCUAAAGGAAGUGCUAAAAAGAUUAGGACAACCAUAAAACUGGAUCAAAUGGAUUGGAACUCUUGGAAAUGGAAAGAUGCUGAUGUUUUGGUUCUUAACACAGGACAUUUGUGGAAUAAUGAGAAAAUCAUCAAAGGGUAA